AUGUUGCUGUCAUAUCGAUGUAUUCCAGCAGUUUUGCGUAAUUUCAGAAAAUUUUCAACAAUUGGAAUGAGUGAGGUUGAAAAAGCUCAGAUCGCAGCCAUCCAAAAAGAUGUUCAAGCAAAUGACACAAUUUUCGGGAAAAUCAUAAGAAAGGAAAUUCCUGCCAAGAUUAUUUUCGAGGACGAAGAGGUUAGUUAAAAUUUCCAAAAAAAAAUCUUUAAUAUUUUUCUGCAAAACAAAGUUUUCUUUAUAAAGAAAUUUCUGAAAUUCAAAUUAUUUCAGGUUUUGGCAUUCCACGAUGUUUCUCCACAAGCUCCAGUUCAUUUUCUCGUCAUUCCAAAACGUCGUAUUGAUAUGCUUGAGAAUGCAGUCGAUUCUGAUUCAGCUCUUCUUGGAAAACUUAUGUUGACCGCUUCGAAAGUUGCUGCUCAAUUGAAUUUGGCUGAUGGAUAUCGAGUUGUUGUCAACAAUGGAAAGGAUGGAGCUCAAUCUGUUUUUCAUAUUCAUUUGCACGUUUUGGGUGGAAGACAAUUGCAAUGGCCACCAGGAUAA